AUGGUACUUCUCUGCCUCUCUGCAUUGGUCCUCUUCAUUCACAUCCUGGAUGCCCAUGCUGCAGGAAUCUCCAAGAGAUCAGUUCCAGAUGCCUGUGCCUUGAUUAUGUGUGGCCCUGUGGAAAAUGGAUUGCCUGGAAGAGAUGGGAGAGAUGGGAGAGAAGGACCCAGAGGAGAAAAGGGAGAUCCAGGAUUACCAGGACCUAGAGGCCCAUCAGGGUUAACUGGAGAAGUCGGUCCCAUUGGACCCAAAGGAGAAAAUGGUUCCAUGGGAGAUCCAGGCCCAAAGGGAGACAUUGGACAAAAAGGACUCGCUGGAGCUCCAGGUGUGCCUGGUCCACCUGGAAAAACUGGUCUCCCUGGACAACAGGGGAAUGUAGGACCUCGAGGUGAACAGGGACCCAAAGGAGAAGCUGGAGCCAAAGGAGCAGCAGGAAGACAAGGGGCCCAAGGUCCCACAGGUGCAAUAGGCCCCUCAGGCCCUAAGGGGGAGAAAGGAGUGUCAGGUGAAAGAGGACCUCCUGGAAAUCCUGGAGCAGCUGGCCCGGUUGGAACCCCUGGUCCUCCCGGCCCCUUAGGACCAAAAGGCCCAUCUGGGUCAAAAGGUGAUAGAGGAGUACCUGGGGAGAAAGGAGCCAAAGGUGAAAGUGGUCUCCCAGAAACCAAUGCUCUGAACCAGCAACUAGCAGCCUUACAGGAACAGAUGAAAACCCUCCAAACAAGUUUCUCCAGGUAUCAGAAAGCUGAACUGUUCCCGGGUGGCCGAGCAGUUGGGGAGAAGAUAUUCAAGAGCAGUGGUUCUGAGGGCAACUUUGAAAAAGCAUCGCAAUCAUGUGGCCAAGCUGGGGGGCAAGUAGCCUCUCCCCGGAAUGCAGCAGAGAAUAUAGCUCUUCAGGAGAUUGUCACAGUAUACAAUAAGUCAGCCUUCCUUGGCAUGACUGACACUAAGAGAGAGGGCAUGUUCAUCUAUGCAACAGGUGAACCACUGGUCUAUUCCAACUGGGUCCCAGGAGAGCCCAACAACGAUAGGGGUGGAGAAAACUGCAUUGAAAUAUAUUCCAACGGCAAAUGGAAUGACACAUUAUGUGAGGAGUUACGUCUUAUCAUUUGUCAAUUUUGA